AUAUAUCUUAAGGGAAACAAAAUAGAUUAGAAGCACAGUAGCAAAAGAAAUAAAAGGUUGUUUCUAUUGUAAUUAUGUACAAUAUUUUUUGACAAGGAAAACUAGAGACUCUUGUGGGAAUUGCACAAGAUCAAAUAUCUGAAUGAUGUUAAUAAAAUAUGUCGAGUUAAGAUGAGGAUCAAUUGGUUACUUCUUUGGGUUAUUUAAGACUACUAUUUUAUUAGAUAGCAAAGAUUAAGGGUGUAAAAUUGAAAUAUGAGUUUAAAUUUAAGGGAAGCAAGAGUUAUAUCUAAUCAUAAAAUGACUACAUAUAAUUAAAUUUUUUAUAUAGUACUUUGUAUUUAUUUAGUUAAAGACCCUCUAAUUUAAAAAUAUUAAAAUAAAGUUAUGGAUUACUAAUUCAAAAUUCAUAUAUAAUAAUGGAGGGGUUGAGGGUAUAAAAAUAAUGGAGAACUUAAUCAAUACCAGCCAUCAUAGGUAAGAUAAGAUAGAUGUUAUGGGUGGAUGCUUGA